AUGGGGUACGAGAAAAAAUCAAUUUCAAACGGGAAUUCGCCCUCUUGUCCGGAAGAGAGAGACAUGUCAAUCUCAGGACUCCAUUGGAAGCAUAAGCAAGAAUUAGAAAAUUUGACUCUUACAACGCAGCCUAUCAAAACUUUAAAGCUUUUCAUUCUUGCCAUCACACAGUAUCUUAGGCAAUCAGUGGCAUAUCUUUUGUCACAUGGUGGAUGGCUUAUGCUUCUGGGUACCAUGAUUGUGAUUGCUGGUGUACUACUUGUGACAACUGAUGGUCCUCACGAGAAGCAUGUGGAGGAAGUUCUGCAAUACAUACGCUUUGGAUCAUGGUGGGUGGCUCUUGGUGUUGCAUCUUCCAUUGGCCUUGGAUCUGGACUGCACACUUUUGUUCUCUAUCUGGGACCUCAUAUUGCCUUAUUCACUAUAAAAGCAAUGCAGUGUGGUCGAGUGGACAUCAAGAGCGCUCCAUAUGAUACAAUUCAAUUAAAAAGAGGCCCGUCGUGGCUUGGCAAGGAUUGUGCAGAAUUUGUGCCUCCAUUAUUUUCAUCUUCACAUGGUACACUGGUUCCGCUGAGUGCCAUAUUGCCCCAGGUCCAGUUAGAGGCAAUCUUGUGGGGCCUUGGGACUGCACUCGGAGAACUUCCACCAUACUUUAUUUCAAGAGCAGCAAGUUUAUCUGGUGAUAAAUUGGAUGCCAUGGGAGAGUCAGAUGUUUCAUCAACAGAACAUAACGGAUUUAUAGCUACUCGGCUAAACCAAAUCAAGCUCUGGUUCCUGUCACAUGCUCAAUAUCUGAACUUCUUCACUAUUCUAGUUCUUGCUUCGGUACCAAAUCCGUUAUUUGAUCUUGCAGGCAUAAUGUGUGGCCAAUUCGGAAUUCCUUUUUGGGAGUUCUUUCUGGCAACAAUGAUAGGGAAAGCAAUCAUCAAGACUCACAUACAGACGCUGUUCGUCAUUUCUGUGUGCAACAAUCAACUUCUUGGUUGGGUCGAAAAUGAAUUAAUUUGGGUGCUGAGCUUUGUACCUGGUUUUGACUCUAUCCUACCCAACAUUGUUGCCAAGCUUCACUCGAUGAAAGACAAGUACAUGGCCACCAAACCUCUUGUUCCUUUAAAUGUCGAGGCAAAGAAAUGGGACUUCUCGCUCGCUUUCAUUUGGAAUACUGUGGUGUGGUUCAUGCUAAUGAACUUCUUUGUCAAGAUUGUGAAUGCAACUGCACAAAGGUAUUCAAAAGAACAGCAAGAAAAGGAAUUUGCUGCUUUGGAGAAGCAGUCCUAA